UAGUGUGGUUUUACAGUGACGCUUUCGCCAGCGCAGUUGGUAAGCGUCGCGGGCCACGAGCUUUGCGUCUCAUGGAUCAUUACAUAGUCACGCGGAUGGCCCGCGUUGACGGCAAUUCAGCCGCGCUUUUCAACCGCGUGCGGGCGAGGAGUCAUUGUGUUCAGUGUGCGUUGCACAGUCUCGCCGGUCGGACGCGCGCAUGCGUACCGUCGUCGCCAAAAUGAAUGCGAAUUAUAUCGAUACGGGUCGAUUGAUUGAAGAAGUUCGCUUUCGACCGUUGCUGUGGGAUCCAUCGAACGAAUUAUACAAAAACAAAGACGCAAAAAAUAAGGCUUGGGAAGAAGUUGGAGAAGCAAUCUUUGGAGAAAAUUACAUAAAGAAAGACAAAGAUAAGCUUUUACGUCAAAGAUGGAAAUCUGCAAGAGAUGGAUAUUUCAAAACCAAAGCUAAUAUGAAAAAAGCACCAUCUGGUAGCGGGGCAAAAACCGUUACAAAAUACAUUUAUUUCAAAGAAUUAAACUUUCUUGAUCGUAUCACUGAAAACGAAGUUUCAGAAUCUAUGUACAACAUUAAUGAACAAUCAAGUUCAUCUGAAACAAUAGCUCACGUAGUAAAUAACGACGAAAUUUCUGGCUCUUCUCAAAACAGUUCUACUCCGGUGGCUGACCAAGAUAAACCAACAUGGACUCGGAAGAGGAAACAUGAACGGGUACAAGAGAACUCCGCGUUUGAGAAAAAGUUGGUAGAUUUGUUAGACAAAAAUAUGCCAGACAUAAGCUCUGACGAUUUGUCAUUUUUUAAUUCUCUAGGUCCAAUACUAAAAUCUUUUAACAGUUAUAAAAAACUAUUAUUUCGUGCCAAAGUAUUGCAAAUCGCCAUGGAUCUCUCCGCGCCAACUUCAAGUGGCACUACGUCGACGUCCAACAUCUUGUCACCAGAACAUAACUCAAAUUCUACUACAACAUCAACAACCAAUCAUUCUAAUGAUACUACUACGCAACGAGGUUAUCAAUCAGCAAGUCAAUAUUACACCGUCAUGUCACCAGAAAAUGAUUCUAAUUCUUCUGUAAUGUGUGCAACCAAUUCAUCAUAUUUUUCAAACCAAACGCUACCAGUCAACGAAUCAAUGUCUAGUACCACCACUCAGCAAGGCUAUCAAACAGCAAAUCAAUAUGAUCCUCAUUCAACAGUCAAUAAUUCUGUUCAGCAAAGCUGUGAAGAAAUACAGCACUUUCCAAAUAUUGCAUCAGAAAACGACAAUUUCUAUUAAUUACAUUUCAACGAGUUUUGUUUUUUUGAUUGUUUAAAUUUGUAAAUAAAGUAAUUACUAAAAAUUAAA